CAGGCUGCGACGUAUUCUGCCUCGGCCUAUUUAGCCUUUGUGCCCUCAGGAAGCCGACAUUUUGCAUUGAGACUGCGCCCGUGUGUACUCUUGUGUGCUGCUGCAAAGUGAUCAGCCAUUAUGCAGAUCUUCGUGAAAACUCUCACCGGGAAAACCAUCACGCUCGAAGUUGAACCGAGCGACACUAUUGAAAAUGUGAAGGCGAAAAUUCAGGAUAAGGAGGGCAUCCCGCCUGACCAGCAGCGUCUGAUUUUCGCCGGCAAGCAGCUCGAAGACGGGCGAACGUUGUCCGAUUACAACAUUCAGAAAGAGUCUACGCUCCACCUGGUGCUGCGACUCCGUGGUGGCAUGCAGAUAUUCGUGAAGACUCUUACCGGCAAGACCAUCACGCUCGAAGUUGAGCCGAGCGACACCAUUGAAAAUGUCAAGGCGAAAAUUCAGGACAAGGAGGGAAUCCCGCCUGACCAACAGCGACUUAUCUUCGCCGGCAAGCAGCUCGAAGACGGCCGCACACUCUCUGACUACAACAUCCAGAAAGAGUCCACCCUUCACCUCGUCUUGAGACUCCGCGGAGGCAUGCAAAUCUUCGUCAAGACGCUCACCGGAAAAACAAUCACUCUGGAGGUCGAGCCCAGUGACACCAUCGAAAACGUCAAGGCGAAAAUCCAGGACAAAGAAGGGAUCCCGCCCGAUCAGCAGCGUCUCAUCUUCGCCGGCAAACAGCUCGAGGACGGCCGCACACUCUCGGACUACAACAUCCAAAAAGAGUCCACCCUUCAUCUCGUCUUGCGACUCCGCGGAGGCAUGCAAAUCUUUGUCAAGACGCUCACCGGCAAAACAAUCACUCUGGAGGUCGAGCCCAGUGACACCAUCGAAAACGUCAAGGCGAAAAUCCAGGACAAAGAAGGGAUCCCGCCCGAUCAGCAGCGUCUCAUCUUCGCCGGCAAACAGCUCGAGGACGGUCGCACACUCUCUGACUACAACAUCCAAAAAGAGUCCACCCUUCAUCUCGUCUUGCGACUCCGCGGGGGCAUGCAAAUCUUUGUCAAGACGCUCACCGGCAAAACAAUCACUCUGGAGGUCGAGCCCAGUGACACCAUCGAAAACGUCAAGGCGAAAAUCCAGGACAAAGAAGGGAUCCCGCCCGAUCAGCAGCGUCUCAUCUUCGCCGGCAAACAGCUCGAGGACGGCCGCACACUCUCGGACUACAACAUCCAAAAAGAGUCCACCCUUCACCUCGUCUUGCGACUCCGUGGAGGCAUGCAAAUCUUCGUGAAAACGCUCACUGGCAAGACCAUCACACUCGAGGUUGAGCCGAGCGACACGAUAGAGAACGUGAAGGCCAAAAUCCAAGACAAAGAAGGCAUUCCUCCGGACCAGCAGCGUCUCAUCUUCGCUGGCAAGCAACUCGAAGACGGCCGAACCCUCUCAGACUACAACAUUCAAAAGGAGUCGACCCUUCACCUUGUCCUUCGGUUGCGCGGAGGUAUGCAGAUUUUCGUCAAGACACUGACUGGAAAAACCAUCACCCUUGAAGUGGAGCCUAGCGAUACCAUUGAAAACGUGAAGGCUAAAAUUCAGGACAAAGAGGGUAUUCCACCAGACCAGCAACGUCUUAUUUUUGCAGGCAAGCAGUUGGAGGACGGGCGCACUCUCUCCGACUACAAUAUUCAGAAGGAAUCUACCCUGCACCUUGUCCUGCGGCUCCGUGGUGGCCACAUGCAGAUCUUCGUGAAGACGCUCACCGGAAAGACCAUCACGCUCGAAGUUGAACCGAGCGACACCAUUGAAAAUGUCAAGGCAAAAAUUCAGGAUAAGGAGGGAAUCCCGCCUGACCAGCAGCGUCUAAUCUUCGCCGGCAAGCAGCUCGAAGAUGGCCGCACACUCUCGGACUACAACAUUCAGAAAGAGUCCACCCUUCACCUCGUCUUGCGACUACGCGGAGGAAUGCAAAUCUUUGUCAAGACGCUUACCGGGAAAACAAUCACUCUGGAGGUAGAGCCAAGUGACACCAUUGAAAAUGUCAAGGCGAAAAUCCAGGACAAGGAGGGAAUCCCGCCUGACCAGCAGCGUCUAAUCUUCGCCGGCAAGCAGCUCGAAGAUGGCCGCACACUCUCGGACUACAACAUUCAGAAAGAGUCCACCCUUCACCUCGUCUUGCGACUCCGUGGAGGCAUGCAGAUCUUUGUCAAGACGCUCACCGGAAAAACAAUCACUCUGGAGGUAGAGCCAAGUGACACAAUCGAAAAUGUUAAGGCGAAAAUCCAGGACAAGGAGGGGAUCCCACCCGAUCAGCAGCGUCUCAUCUUCGCUGGCAAGCAGCUCGAGGACGGCCGCACACUCUCGGACUACAACAUUCAGAAAGAGUCGACCCUUCACCUUGUUCUGCGACUCCGUGGAGGUAUGCAAAUAUUUGUGAAAACGCUCACUGGCAAGACAAUCACACUUGAGGUCGAGCCGAGUGAUACGAUAGAAAACGUGAAGGCCAAGAUCCAGGACAAGGAAGGCAUUCCUCCAGACCAGCAGCGUCUCAUCUUCGCCGGCAAACAGCUUGAGGACGGCCGCACUCUCUCGGACUACAACAUUCAAAAAGAGUCCACCCUUCACCUCGUCUUGCGACUCCGCGGAGGCAUGCAGAUCUUUGUCAAGACGCUCACUGGAAAAACAAUCACUCUGGAGGUAGAGCCAAGUGACACAAUCGAAAAUGUGAAGGCAAAAAUCCAGGACAAGGAGGGGAUCCCACCCGAUCAACAGCGUCUUAUCUUCGCUGGCAAACAGCUCGAAGAUGGCCGCACUCUCUCAGACUACAACAUACAAAAAGAAUCAACCCUUCACCUUGUGCUACGACUCCGUGGAGGUAUGCAAAUAUUUGUGAAAAUGCUCACUGGCAUGACAAUCACAGUUGAGGUCGAGCUGAGUGACACAAUUGAAAACGUGAAGGCCGAAAUUCAGGACAAAGAAGGCAUUUCUCCGCACCAGCAGCGUCUCGUUUUUGCCAGCAAACAGCUCGAGGAGGGCCGUACACUCUUGGUAAACAUUCAAAAAGAGCCCACCCUUCACUUUGUCUUGCGGCCCUGUAGAGGCAUGCAAAUUUUCGUGAAAACACUCGCUGGCAAAAUUAUCCACCACACCAUUGACAAUGUGGAGGCUAAAAUUCAGGACAAGGAAGGUAACCCACCGGACCAGCAGGGUUUGAUCAUUGCAGGCAAGCAGCUGGAGGACGGGUACACUCUUUCAGACAAUAUUCAGGAGGUGUCUACCCUGCACCUUGUUAUGCUGCUCCUUGAUGACCAGUAGGACAUUUUUUUGUUACUUCUAGCUGCAAUGGUCCAGUGACGUUUUUUAUUGGUUUAAUGAUUACCAGCUACUGGACACUCCACAUGAAUGGGACAUGCAAGUCUCCAAUAAAAAAAAUCCGUGCUGGU